UUGCAAUCUCACUGAAACAACCCUUCAUAAGGCUUGUCUAGAUGAAGACAAAUCUUUGUACCCAAUAAACGGAUAGCUUCCUACAAAGCAUAAAUUAAUGCAAAAAAAGAAAGCUAGAAUUAAAAAAACCAGCUGUAUAACAAGCCACAAAAAACAGUACAAAUCAGCUUUCAAACAAAUUCUUUCAUUGUCUCAAUAACCCUUUUAGACAACCUUGCCAGCAAGCCAGCAUCACUAGUAUUUGUUCAAAUCUAGCUCUUGUGGUACUGUGUAUGCGAAAGGCUAAGACUGUUGCUGUGGUGAACAGUUAAUUGAGAGUAAAUGAAGAAAGGUUCUGUUUCUUUGAGCCAUCUGCGUGCUUUUCCAAGCCCAGGAGCAUCAUAUUACCGUGAUAAUGGCGUGGUGGUGGCUCAAAAAGGGUGGAGUUCAGAGAGAGUGCCACAUCCAGCUAAUAGCAAUGGUAAUAGCAGAAGACAUAUCAGUGCUUCCUCUUUGACACCUUUUUAUAGUGGUAGAACAUUGCCUUCCAAAUGGGAAGAUGCUGAGAGGUGGAUUUGUAGCCCUGUUUUGGGUUACGGUGUUAGCAAGAAUGCAAACUAUCAGCUUCAGAGGCGGCCAAAGUCCAAAAGUGGGCCGAUUGUGCCUCCUGGAAUUGCAUUCUACUCUAAUUACUCUCCUUCAAUGCAGCUACUUGAUGGUGGAGGCAGUGGCAGUGUGAGGAAUUUGAUGGCAGGCUCUCCAUUUUCAACUGGGGUUUUGAUGGCUGAUGGGGUUUCUGUUCAUUAUGGUGGUUGUAGAGGCACUGAUGCUGGUGGAGAUGGUGACGGCGAGCAAUCUUGUAUGGUGCAGAAUGAGGGUAAUGUGUCACAAUCCUCUAUUAUACCUGGAUGGUCAGAUUUGGUUAGUGAGACUUCAUUGCCCAGCUCUCAAGAUGAAAAGCUUGAUGAAAUCAAGGAUGAAGAAAUGAUGAUCACUCGUGUAGUUUCAAGGAGGGAUAUGGCAACACAAAUGAGCCCUGAGGGCAGUAGCAGCCACUCAUCUCCCAGAGAGAGGUCUUCAUUUUGCCACUCGCCUCCCCCUAUCCUUCCUCUUCCUUCUGUGGAGAACAAUGAGCAUCCUUCUAAAUUGGACAUCAGGGAAGUACAGAUAGACAAACGAGCCACCAUUACUAACUGGUCCAAAAGACAUGGAUCAAAAAGAAUCAAGAAAGGCGUGCCAGAUUUUGAAGACUUCUAUCAAAACAGCAGGGCAGCUUCUGGUUUAUCUCUGGAUAUUUCAGAGGCAGCAACAAACAUUUCAAAGUUGCAAAGAGAGGAAGCAAAGAUCAGCGCAUGGGAGAAUUUGCAGAGGGCAAAAGCUGAGGCAGCUAUACGAAAACUAGAGAUGAAAUUGGAAAAGAAGAGAUCAGCAUCAAUGGAUAAGAUCUUGAGCAAGCUGAGGAUGGCUCAGAUGAAAGCCCAAGAAAUGAGAAGUUCAAUAUCAGGCAAGGAGGAUGAACAGAUUCCUACUUCACGGAAGUUUACAUUCUUUCAUAUCCGCACGAGUUCCUUCAGCAGUUGCUUCUCCUGCCAUGAUUACUAGUUUCCUGCAAUGCGAUUUACAAGGGCUCAAAUCUUUUCCACCAGGUAUUUAUUAAAGUUUGAGUUAUUAAUUCCAGAUUUUGUAUAUGCUCGCUGGUUUCUUGGCUUCCCCACUCUUUCAUGUAUAAUAUAUUACAAAUUUAGGAUGUCUCUCCAUUCUGAGUUAGAGCAGCUAAAAUGGAUCAUUCCCUGGUCCAGGAAAACGCGGAUUUCAGAUUCUUGUUCUUAGUGGAUGGGAUUUUUGUACGCAAA